AUGACCACCGCCGGGCUGUCGUACACAGACACAAACGCAGCGUACUCGGCCUCCCUCGCAUCGGCACUCUCGCAUUUCCAGUCUCUCCUCUCGAACCCGCACUCGAAGAGCUGGAAACCUGUCUCGCCUGUCCCCUCUGCGUCCGGUUCGGGGUCAGCAGGCUCGGCCAAUGCUGGAGCGAAUGGAGCGGGACCAGGAUUGAAUGGACGCACGAGCGAGGCGGGGCUGAGUACGACGACGAGUCCUGGUGGUGCAGCGGGAGCGAAGGGCAAGGCGCGAGCGACGCCUGCUUCGACGUCCGUCGCUUCCUCGCUCGUCAACGGUCUGGCCGCGCUCGACCCGUCGCAGGUCAGGGUGCACAAGAAGGCGGACAGGCAGAGGAAUGCUGAGAUCGUCAGGGCUAUCGCAGAGGUCCCGUGCGAUCCGGAUGCGGUUGACCUCGAGGCGGUUAGGGCGGUGUUGGCGACGCCGGAAGUGAGGGCACACUGGGACAAACUGGUCGACUCGUCGCAUUCGCUUUCCCUCAUCGAUCCUCUGACCCGUAUCACGAAGACCGACUACCGACUCGGCUGGCCCGCAUCUCCUCGCGACACGAUCACCAUCUCUCGGACCUUCGACUCGCCUGACUCGUCCUCCCUCAUUGACCUGUCAACGAGCCUCCCUCGCGCAGCAGACGAGCCUGCGUUCCUUCGACCGGCGCCGCCCUUCGUGAGGGCGAAUGUGCACCUCAUGGCGUGGUGUGUGCAGGUCUUGCCGCCUACUGCUGCUCCGUCACCUUCGCUCGGCUCGGCACUCUCGACGUCUCCCUCGUCUCUCGCCUCGACCUCAUCAUUCCCUCGACAUCAGGCUCAGCAGCAGCAUCGCCUCCGCCUCACCCUCUUCUGGCAAUGGUCUCUCCGCCUUCCUACCGCUCUCUCCUCAUCCUCCUCUUCCACAUCCUCGCCAACAACCACGCACAUCGCCCCGCUCCUCUCGUCUUUCAUUAACUACCUCCGUUCGCCCGUGGGUACGAGCAUGCCGCUCGUAAGAGGUUACGGGCGGGGAGUUGAGCUGAAUAGGGACGAGUGGGACGUCCAGGCGGAGAUGCGGAGCGUCGAGUAUGCUGUUGUUUACGUUGGAGGGAGCGGCGAGCCAGAUACGCAUGACGCCGAGGAAGGAGAAGAGGCGGUCGGAGGAAAUUUGCAGGGGCUGGAUGAGCUCGUGAGGCGAAGAGAGCGGGUCAGGCUGGAGCGCAGUGUCGAGUUGAGCUUGCCGCCGCUCGGGACGCUCGACUCCACGGACCCAGGCGGCUCGGCAGAUGGAUGGGAUGUGCGGGUGGCAGUCAAGUCGCUCGGUGGGCCGUCGACCGCCUCGACACCUCUCGAAGGACCGACCUCAUCCGAGCCUUCUGAACCGCCCUAUACGCUCUCACUCUCCGCACUUACCGCCUCUUCUUCCUCCGCUUCUCCUCGCCUCACGCUUCGCCUCUCGCAUCCGCCUCUUCGCUCGCCUUCCCACCUCCUUCGCGUUACCCUGACAGUCCAGCGACUAGCUGCAGGACGGUGUGUGCGGGUGAACGGUGAGAAGAAGGAGAUUGAGCGGGUGGAAGGGCGUGACCUGAGCAGGACGAGAGGGAAGUGGGAGUUUGGCGCGGAGGGAAGGGCGAGCGAUGAGGCCGCUUCUUCGAUCACAAGCGACGCAGGCUCGGUGAUUGACCACGACGCAGACAACGCCGCUCCAGCUCCCGGUGAAUCAUCCGUCUCGAUACGAACAGCCUCCGCCGCUUCUCCCUCGACCCAAAUCGCCUCCCUUCUUCGCCGUUCCUACAUCUACUUCCUCUCGCUCCUUCAAGAACCACCUGCGAAGUGGCGACACGUCUCCGACUCCCAAGGCGUCACCGUCACGCAGCUCCUCUCGCCCGACCCGACUUUGACGAUCUACCGCGCCGAAGCGGUGUUCGUCGGCGUCGGCGUCUGGGACGUCUUUGCGACCGUCGUCACGCCUGGUGUGAGGAAGACUUGGGACAAGGGUGUCGAGGAGGCGGUGCUGGUGGCGGACGAGGAGAAUGGGGCGGGCGUCGGCGAGCUGAGCGAGGUCUGGUGGGAAAGGAGGAAGGGACAGUGGCCUGUCGCCCCGCGAGACUCCGUCCUCCUCCGCACGGCAUACAAGUCGCCUUCUUCCGUCCACAUCUUCUCCUCCUCGACCGACGAUACCUCCCUCUUCCCGUCGAUCCCUCCCGCCGCAGCCGGCACGAUCCGCACGCAGACCGACCUGUACGGCUGGUCAAUCGAAGCUCUCUCGCCCACUACGACGCAGAUUACGCUUCUCGACCAGUCCGAUCCGAAGGGUUGGAGCAGUAAGAGCUCGUGGACGCCUGGCGCGCUCAUCCAGGCUGUCGCAGGCGUCAGGGACUACUCGAUUCGUAACGGUGCGCCGCCCGUCGUGACGAGGCUGAGCGGGGGAGGGGUACGGAAGAUGGCCGAGGAGUACGAUCCCGAGAAGGCGACGCUGCGAGUCGAGUAUGCACAGCCUUCGACGACUGCAGUUGAUGCGGAGGCGGACUCGGCGCCGAUUGAGUGCGAAAUCCGGUGCGACGCCUCGACGUGGGCUAGCGGAGGAAUCGACGUUGUCGUCGACCCGCCACCGAGCGGUGUCUCGUGCCUCGCUCGCCACCGCCUCAGCGCUGGCGGCGGGCUCUGGCUCACGAUUGAGCACGCUCAGAACGUCGUCGCUGAGGAGGGGAAGGUCGUCGUGACUGUGCGGCGCGGAACAAGCGGGCCGGGUGCGGGCGGCCACAAGGACAAGUCGCUUGGCGGUGCGGCGCCGACUACGAGCGUCGUCGUCAACGGUGCGCGAGUCAAGGUUGACGUCGAGGUGCUUGACGAGGAAAAGAUCCGCGAGUUGGAGAAGCGGAAGAGGGUCAAGCCGGCGCCCGUCCCGCUCGAUCAGUACGAGACGCUCGGUCCGCGACCUGGUCAGCCUGGACAGGCAGCAGUACCCUCCGCUGGGCGCGGCUCGCCCGCAACCGCGAUCGCGGCACCGGCAUCCGCCGACGAUGGGUUGAUGGACAAGGCGGCGGGAGAGACAGUCGAGACGGGCGCAGUCGACGACGUCCCCGCAGCAGCAGGUCUCGCCCUAAGCGCGAACGUCGAAACCUCCGCAUCGUCAGCGGAUGCGCCAGCUGGGCCCGACGCAGGCGCGCCAGUCGUCGCGGCCUCCGAGUUCGCCCCGCCAAAACCGCCGCUCGACCCUCCCGCCUGUGCACUCGAAGCACUCGCCUGGCUACAAACGUUCCACGCCGAACAAGGACCCGAGUUGACGGAUCCUGCGCCGGGUUGGUCCAUCGUCAGCGAGCGAGGCGGGAUCGUCGUCCGCAAGAAGCUCCUGCCGACGGUCUCGGAGACAUUCCCCGUCUACCGCGGGGACAAGAUCGUGCAGGGCUUGACGGCCGAAGAGAUCGCGUCCAUCGUGACAAGCGUUGGGUGCCGCAAGGCAUGGGACGAGCGGGUCGACAACGCUACGCCUCUCGCGAGUUACGGACACGGCGUGAUGACUUGCGCCAUCAUGACGAAGCCGACGUUUCCCUUCAAGAGUCGUAUCUUCUACGUCGCUAGUGUCAGCGCUGCGGUCAAGGUCCCCUCCGCCAGCUCCGGUGCAUCGACUUCGACGGUCCUGUUCGUCGCCUCGGCCUCCUACGCGCCGCUCACCGGCACUACCUCCGAUCCAUUCGACGCCUCGAAGGUCAACCCGACAUCGUUCCUCGCUGGCCAAGUCCUGCUCGAGGGCUGGAUACUCGAGACCCUCGACCCUUAUACGUCCUCCGUCCUCGCGAUACCCUCAACACGGUGCACCUACGUCGCCUGCAUGGACCAGAAGGGCUCGGUUCCGCUCGCCCUCAACCAGAUUCUGAACGCCAACCUCGCUCGCUCGAUAAGCAACGUCGAGCAGCUCGGCAAGACGCGCGGUCCGCUCCCGCGACUGUGGGCACCGAGCGCCAGCUUGCAGAUCGAAGGCCCGCUCAGCGACGACAGCGACGCCGACUUCGUCUGGAAGCUCUCGCCGCCGACGCUUCCUCCGGCCUCUCCCGUCGCAACAGCUGGUGAAUCGAGCGCCGUUGUCACGGUCGACUUCGACCUCGACGAUGGGUCUUUCCGCUCGCUCCUCAAGGUUGGCGGGAAGCGGAAGAUGCGAGAGGCGUCGGAGGACAGCGAGCUACUGCUCGGUACAGCAGGCUCGAAAGCUGGCGACAAGGUCGUAGGGGCCAAGUCGAAGCCGAUGCCGCUGCUCGCGCCAUCUCUGCCAGUCGGCACGAGCCUGCUGAAGAGCGAGCUCCCUCGCAGCGCCUCGCUCAACCUUGGAACUGCCGCGCCGCCCAUCCUCCAGAAGCCGCCGAUUAUCUCGGAGCUCUCGCACAAGACGAGUCGCGGAUCGAUGCGGUCCAAGUCGCCUCCCGCAGCUCCUUCGACCACCACCGCUACUGCAGGAACGACAGCGCCCGUCACGCCAGCAACGAAGACCGGGCCUUCGUCAAGCGUGAUCGAUCCUGGCGCGCAUGACCUGGUCGUCGCCGAAUUCGUCGUCGAUCUCAAGCAAUACCCGCACGGAUACGCCGUCACGGCUGUCUCACAGCUUCUGCCGGCUGCCGGAGGGGACGAGCUUCUCUCGCUCGACCCGCUCCCGGCUCGCACGCCGAUGACACCGUCCGCCGCGACCCCGCCUACUCAGCUUCCUCUUCGCUGCGUCGCCCAUGACGCUCCCCUUCCGUCCAUCCUAACAGCCUCGCUCGACGCCUGGAAACGCGCCAACCACCUCGUUCGCGUGUUCGUUCCGACGGGCGCCAUGACGCACCCGAUCCAGGACCCGCUCCGAGCUGGCGACGAGGCAAGCAAACCUGCUCCGCCCGAGUGGUUCCGCCUUCUCUUCGAUGGUCCUGGCGCUCUCGUCGAGAUCAAGAUUGUCGCUCUGUCCGCACCGAGCCCGGCCGGCGAACGGACCGCCGCGAAGCGACCCAAGGAUACGCCUGCGCCGGACAGAGACCUCGCGGGCAAGGUGACUGGACAAGCCGCCAAGCCGGUCAUGUUUAACGGCGAGAAGCUGGUCGUGCAGAGCCAGAAGGAGAGCAAGGUCGUGCUGUCGCGUUUCGAGGACGACGAGCUGCCUCUGCAGGGCGCCAGAAUCAGUCGCGGUCCGCCUCGUAAGCAGCGCAAGUCGUCCAUCGCGCCCGACGUCGAGCCGGAUCGCCCGCCGCCCCAGCUUCUCCCGGCGGAGCUGCAGAAGCCACUCGCCGUCUCUGCUCGCCUUCUCGCCCCGAAGCCGGUGACACCCGUCGUCGAUGACUUCGAGUUCCCGGACCCAAAGUCGCCUGGCAACAUGACGCCUGCGCUGGAAGAAGCUCGUUCGCCCGUCCUCGGCAGCAAGUCGACGCUCAAGCCUUCCUCAUCUCGGCGCGAUACCGGGACAUCCGACACGAUCGCUCCAGCAGGACCUCUGCUCAGCCUUCUGGGCAACUACCAGCUCUCCCGGCUCGGCGCGACGAUGAUGCCGACGGUCGACGUCACUGAGACCUCGCCCGCCGGGGUCGUUGCCGUUCGGCGCACUUACACCCUGUCCUUCGUCCUCUUGGUCGCCCUCAUCUCCUUCCUCCUCGGUUCGCUACUGCGCUCUCUCCUGACGCCUGCCGACUACAUCAUCUACCGCCCAGUCACCUCCGCCCAGCAAGCCGACGUCGAGCACGCGCUGCUCCAAGCCUUCGACCCCGCCCGACGAUGGCGCGAGGCUCGUCGUCUCGUCGAGUUGCGCGGGAUGCUCGGCUGGGAUGUCAUCGUUGCGGCAGUCAGGCGGGAGUAG